AUGCAGAUAGCCGUUCGACACCCAGGGCCAUGGGGGAGGUGCAUGGGCAGCGACUGCGGACCCGGCGGCAGCCAGAGCCGCGCCGUCUGGUGCGCCCACGUGGACGGCUGGACCACCCUGCACACCAACUGCGACCAGGCCCAGCGGCCCUCUAACCAGAGGAACUGCUUCCGCGUCUGCGACUGGCACAAGGACCUGUACGACUGGCAGCUGGGCGCCUGGAACCAGUGCGUGCCCGUCUCGGCGAGGGCCAACGGAGCCCCGCAGCUGGCGCUGUGCCACGGCGGCGAGGAGGGGACUCAGCUGCGGGAGGUUGGCUGCGCGCUCCGGGCAGACGGGUCGCCCGCGGACGACGCCAUCUGCGAGUACUUUGAGCCCAAGCCCCGUCUGGAGCAGGCCUGCCUCAUCCCCUGCCCGCAGGACUGCGUGGUGUCCCAGUACUCGCCCUGGACCUCCUGCUCAAAGACCUGCGGCACCGGCCUCAAGAACCGCGUCCGCAGCGUCCUGGUGCCCCCCAUGUUCGGGGGCGCCGCCUGCCCCAACCUCACCGAGUUCCACACCUGCAGGCCGGGCCCUUGCUCCACCCCUGAGGGGGUGUACAGCCUCCGGAUCGGGCCCUGGGGCCCCUGUGCCCUUCCUCAGACACGGCCCGCCCGCCAGGCCAAGCGGCGGAGGGGCAAGGGCCCGGGGGGCAGGGACAAGGUGGGUCUCAAAGACCCAGAGGCCCGGGAGCUGAUCCAGAAGAAGCGGACCAGGAACCGGCUGAACCGGCAGGAGAGUCCCUUCUGGGACAUCCAGGUGGGGUACCAGACCCGUGACGUGACCUGCAACCACUGGAACGGGACCACCGUGGAGCUACACGAGUGCACGCCCAUGGACCUCCCGCACACCGUCCAGUCCUGCCUCCUCCCCAAGGACUGCCAGCUGAGCGCCUGGAGCGCCUGGGGCCCCUGCUCCAACGCCUGCUCGGACCCCGAGGCCCCCGGCGGGGCCCGCUCCCGGGGCCGCAGCGUGCUCCAGUUCGCCAUCGGCGAGGAGGGGGUCCCGUGUGAGGCCCUGGGGGAGACGGAGGCCUGCGAGCCGCCAGGGGAGGGCCCGCUGCCGCCGUGUCCCACGUACACCUGGCGUAGCACCGAGUGGAGCGACUGCCGGGUGGACCUGUUGCUAAGCCAACAGGACCGUCGGCGCGGCAACCAGACGGGCCUGUGUGGCGGGGGCCUGCAGACCCGGGAGGUGUACUGCGUCCAGGGCAACGCCGAGAUCCUCACCUACCUCAGCGACCUGCGGGACAAGGACAGAGCUCCAACCGUGCGGCAGAUGAAACCUAGUGCCCCCCCGCUUCUCUCGGUCACUUUCCACAUUACAGCCUCCCCCCCGGUGCAGAACCAGCUGUGCCAGGGUCCCGUCCCCAGCCGCUCCCAGCUGUGCCACCUCCCCUGCCCCACCGAGUGCCAGGUGUCCCCCUGGGGGGCCUGGGGGCCCUGCACCUUCGAGAACUGUGACGACCAGGCGGGGAAAAAAGGCUUCAAGAUACGGAGGAGACGGGUCAGCAACGCGCCCACUGGGGGCCCGGGGAGCUGCCCCCACCUCCUGGAGGCGGUCCCCUGUGAAGACCCCCGCUGUCACGACUGGCGCCUGGUCAGCCUGGACCGCUGUCGCCCUGACGACGGCAAGCCCUGCGGCCCGGGGGCGCAGACCCCGCAGAUCCAGUGUGUGAACAGUAGCGGUGGGGAGGUGGACAAGAGCCUGUGCUCGUCCAGCCUGCCCCCGGAGCUGGUGCCCUGCCUGGUGCCCUGCUCCAGGGACUGUGUGCUGAGUGACUGGACCCCCUGGUCCAGCUGCUCCCAGACCUGCUCCAGUAAGACCAUCGAGGGGAAGCAGAUGAGGACGCGCUCCAUCCUGGCCUACAACGCCGGGGAGGUCGCCUCUAUGGUAGUGGCUUGGAUCUCAGUAAUGGAGGGUCGUUCGCGGCUGUCAAAACUUCCAACGAUUUCCGGGGGGGCGCUGUGUCCGAACAGCAGCGCUCUGCAGGAAGUGAGGAACUGCAACGAGCACGCCUGCACCGUGUACCACUGGCAGACGGGCCCCUGGGGGACCUGCACGGAGGACCCCAACGCCGGGACCACCAACAGCACCGGCGAGGACCUGACCUCCUGCUCCACGGGCGUCCAGACGCGCAAGGUCAUCUGUGUCCGGGUCAACGUGGGACAGGUCCCGCCCAAGAAAGUGGAUGAAGCUGAUUAUCCUGUGGCGCUGAAGGGGAAACGCAAACAAACCUCUCACAAGAAACUCUCUCUCUCUCUCUCUCUCUCUCUCUCUCUCUCUCUCUCUCUCUCUCACGCUCUCUCUCUCUCUCUAGCGGUGAGCUCUGUGAAACAGAAGCAGACUCGGAGCCGGCUGGUCAUCCAGUUUCCCGCCAACGGAGGCCAGGACUGUCCUGAACCCCUGGAGGAGGAGAGGGACUGUGAGGCCCCCAAGGUCUGCCCCGGCUACAGGUGGAAGACCCACAAGUGGAGGAAGUGCCAGCUGGUGCCCUGGUUCCUGCGUCAGUUCAGCCCAGGGGCCCAGGAGUCCUGCGGCUCGGGGCUUCAGACCAGAGCGGUGUCGUGCCGGCGUCUGGACGGGGCGGCGGCGGAGCUGGCCGAGUGUCUGCUGCAGGCGCGCUCCAUGCCCCCGGCCACCCAGCGCUGUGUGAUCCCCUGCCAGGACGACUGCCAGCUCACCAGCUGGUCCAAGUUCACCCCCUGCUCCGCCGACUGCGUGGGGGUCCGCACCCGCAAGAGGGCCCUGAUCGGCCGCAGUAAGAAGAAGGACCGCUGUAAGAACGGGCAGAUGUACCCGCUGAGCGAGACGCAGUACUGCCCGUGUGACAAGUACAACGCCCAGCCAGUGGGGGAGUGGUCCGACUGCAUCCUGGCGGGCGCGGUGGCGGGGGCGGGGGCGGCGGUGGGGGCGGGGGGCCGCCCUGAGAGGCUGCCGGGCCUCAGGGUGCAGGCGGAGGUCCGGGAGUGCGGUCAGGGCUACCGCUACCAGGCCAUGGUGUGCUACGACCAGGACGGACGGCUGGUCGAGACGUCACGCUGUAACAGCCACGGCUACAUCGAGGAGGCCUGCAUCAUCCCGUGCCCGUCGGACUGUAAGCUCAGCGAGUGGUCCAACUGGUCCCGCUGCAGCAAGUCCUGCGGUAGCGGGGUCAAAGUGCGCUCCAAGUGGCUCCGCGAGAAGCCCUACAACGGCGGGCGGCCCUGCCCCAAGCUGGACCACAUCAAUCAGGCUCAGGUGUACGAGGUGGUGCCCUGCCAGAGCGACUGUAACCAGUACGUCUGGGUGGCCGAGCCCUGGAGCCUCUGGAAGGUCAGCAACGUGGACCUGAAGGAGAACUGCGGAGAGGGGGUCCAGACCCGCAAAGUCAGGUGCAUGCUGAACACCAUCGACGGGCCCUCGGACGCCGUGGAGGACUACCUCUGCGACCCCGAGGAGAUGCCCCUGGGCGCCCGCGAGAGCCGGCUGCCCUGCCCUGACGACUGCGUGCUGAACGACUGGGGCCCCUGGGACCGCUGCAGUCUGCCGUGCACCCGGAUGCUGAGCCGAGUGCGCACAGCCUUCACCAUCAGAGCACCCAGCAUGGGGCGACAGUGUCCCGAGACCACCGACGCCGAGGCCUGCGCUCUCAACCUCAACUGCUUCAACUACUUCUACAACAUUACAGACUGGAGCACGUGUCAGCUGAGUGCGAGUGCCGUGUGCGGUACCGGGACCAAGACCCGGAUGUUGGACUGCGUCCGGAGCGACGGCAAAUCAGUGAACCUCAAGUUCUGCGAGGAGCUGAAUCUGGACAGGAAGUGGCAGAUGAACACUUCCUGUGUGGUUGAGUGUCCGGUGAACUGUCAGCUCUCUGAGUGGUCCGUCUGGUCAGAGUGUUCUCAGACCUGCGGUUUACAAGGGAAGAUGUGGCGCCAGAGGUCUGUGGUCCAGGCCCCCCAGGGGGACGGCCGGCCGUGCUCCCCCCAGAUGCAGCAGUGGAAGCCCUGCCCCGCCAGACCCUGCUACCAGUGGCAGCACGGCGCCUGGUCCGAGUGCCGGGUGGAGGGGGACGUGGCGUGUGGCCACGGGCUGCGCCACAGGAACACCUCCUGCUUUGUGUCCGACGGAUCGGGCCGCGCCCCCCCCAGCCUGGUGGAGGAGGAGCUAUGCAGCGGCCUCCAGGCCGUCACCGACGGCAACAAGGAGAUGAGGCUCGUGGAGAGCUGCACCCUGCCCUGCCCAGGAGAGUGCUACCUGAUGGAGUGGUCGGAGUGGAACCCGUGUGUGAGCGUGUGCGCUAAGGAGGCGGGGGUGGACUUCGGCUCGGUGCAGGUGCGGGUCCGGCCCGUCAUGGCUCAGGAGCCCCAGAACCUGCAGCUGUGCCCGGACCAGGCCUGGGAGUCCCGCCCCUGCGCAGGUACGCCUGUACUGGUCAAUACCCCGGGAACAGACGGGGCCUGCUACGAGUACACCUGGAAGAGCGUCCGCAAGACCAACUCCACAGAGUUCAACACCUGGUGCCAGCGCUCCGAUGGGGUCAACGUCACAGGCGGAUGUCCUCCGAUCAAUCCGCCCGGAGACAACAGCUCCUGCGACCCCCCCUGCCUCAGCCCCAAGUCCUUCUGUAGCGAGGCAGCGCUGUGCCAGUGCGAGGAGGGCUACACGGAGGUGUUGUUCUUCACGGGCCAGCUGAACCACUGCGCCCCCAUCCCCGUGGUGGAGGUCCCCACGGCGGGGGACAAGAAGGGCGACGUGAAGACCAGCCGGGCGGUGAACCCCACUCCGCCCAGCACCAUCCAGCCGGGCCGGUCGGGACGCACCUGGUACCUGCAGCCCUACGGACAAGAUGGGAAGCUGAAGAUGUGGGUGUACGGCGUGGCGGCGGGGGCCACGGUGCUCGUCCUGUUCAUAGCGUCUAUGAUAUACCUCGCGUGCCGCUCUUGUGCCAAGGUGAGGCGGGCCCUCAAGGCUGAGGAGGCCCCCUGCAACGGGGCAGUGGUCUGGAUGUGCGGUGACGCCCACGAGCUCACCUACACCUGUCCCGAGUGCCAGCAGUCGGCCCACAGCGAGGCUGGGUCCCGCCCUGAGUGGCUGAGAGCCUGUGGAGGAACAGGUAAAACAUGUCGGAACAAGAAGCCAAAGAGGCCUCAGAGACAGAGGCAGCAGAACAACCGCCUGAAGCCCCUAACCCUGGCCUACGACGGAGACGCCGACAUGUAG